CCGCCUCCAGAGCGCUGCGCCUCCAACUCUCGCUCCGCGUGUUAGAAAGUUGACUUCUGAUUGUUCCCCGUCGUCAUUGUGGGCCAUUACAGCGUUGAGGGCUUGGUUGAGCGGUAAUCAAAUCGCUGAAUAAGACAGAGAAAGGGGUGUGUGACAGUCUCCGUUGCAUUUGGUGAUCGCAGGUCCUUCGCAAAAGCAAAAUGACAAAGCGCAAAGGAAAAAGUACAACUAAACAGGACGACAGUUUGCUACUUUUGGAGCCAUCUGUAGCACAACCAAAUGGAUUGAAAGAAUAUGCUGUUCCUGCCGUUGCUUUUCUUAUUUUUGCCUUCGGGGGAUUAACAGCGAUGUGGUUUUGCAGCCAGCAACAGCAAACCAUCUACAGUCUAUCAGAGACUGUCAAUGCAAUGCAGCUCAGGAUAACCAAGUUCCAACAGCAAUUGGGAAUGGGUACUGCACAGAUCGCCAAUGUGGGUGUUUUUGAAGAGCGUCUGCACGCACUAGAAGAGGCCUACACGCAGGCCCAAAAGAAGGCAGAGGUUGCCCUGGCCACCUCUGAAAAAAUCCAAUCUACAGAUCUUUCCAGCCAGCUCUGGUCUCAGCAGUCUGAGAUGAAUGCCAGACUUUCUGAACUGCAACAGACAACUGUUUCCACUGCAACUCUGAAUGCCAUGGUCAAGAAUAAGACGGAAGAGCUUGAGAAACUGAAGCAGAGGCUCGAUUCUAUCCUUAAUGCAAACUCUGAAGCAGCGGUCAGCAUUUCUGGGCUCACAGACACCGUUUUGGUCACCAAAUCACGUCUCGAUGAGCAAAUGUUUGCUGUGGAGGGUCUCGCAUCUCGGUUGGAAGAACAGAGAUUGGAACUAGCAGUCCUGAAGGAGUCUUAUGCCGGCAACGAGAAUGCUCAGAGAAUGGAACUUGCAGGCCUGAAGGAGUCUUUUGACAGCAACCAAAAUGCUCUUGAAAGAAACAGACAGGAAGUGUUGGAUAUCAAGGAGCUGCUAGAGAUGGAACAGGCAAGAAGAUACCAAGCUCUUGAGGAGCAGCUUAUGUCUGUCCGUAGGAGUCUGAAGGACCAUCAGAAAAGUACUCGUAGCCUUCACUCUCACCUCGCUGCACAGCUUGAGAUCGUUCAGAGUCAGAAGUUAGCUGAAAGCCAGGAGCUUGAUUAUGCAGAGGAAGAGAUUGUAGAAGAGCAAGCAGCAACUGAGGAGGAGGUUCCAAUCAAGGAUAAAACUGUGAUGGAGGAGAAAGAAUUUACUGAGGAGGUUCUGGUCCAGGAAGAAUUUGUUGAGAAGCAAGUAGUAACUGAAGAGGAAGAACCAGUUGAGGAGGUUCAGGUCCAGGUGGAAGAAGUUGUUGAAGAGCAAGUCAAGGAGGAUGAAAUACCUGAGGAUGUUCAUCUCCAAAAAGAUGUUAUUGAGGAGCAAGCAGUAACUGGGAAGGAAGAACCAGCUGGAGAUUCAGUUCCACAAGGAGGAAGUGUUGAAGAGCAAGCAGGAAAUGAGGAUGAAAUACCUGAGGAACAGCAGAUCAAGGAAGAUGUUGUUGAAGAGCCUCCAGUAUCUGAAGAACUGUCUAAGAAGGUCCAUGAAGUAGAAGCUGUUAAAGAGCAAGCAGUAACUGAGGAGGAAGUUAUAUCUGAGGAAGUUCAGGCCAAGGAUGGAGAUGUUGCUGAGGAGAAAGCAGCAAGUACAGAGGAUGAAAUAACUGAGGAGUUUCAGUUCCACGAGGUGGAAGUUGUUGAAGAGCAAGGAGGAACGGAGGAUGAAAUACCUGAGGAACAGCAGGUCGAGGAAGAUGUUGUUGAAGAGCAUCCGGUAUCUGAAGAAUUGUCUAAGAAGAUCCAUGGCGUAGAAGCUAUAUCUGAGGAUGUUCAGGCCAAGCAUGGAGAUGUUGCUGAGGAUGAAAUAACUGAGGAAUUUCAUGACCAGGGGGAAGAAGUUGAUGAGGAGCAAAAAGAAGGGGUAAAGGAGGACCUAGCUUCUACAGAGGAAACCAAAAUUGAGGCUGAGGCUGCUAAGGACCUCUCAGAAGAUCAGGUAGUUGGAGAUAUCAGCCAGGAUGAGACUUCACAGGAAUCAUUUGAAGAACCAUUUGAGGAAAUUGAGCAGCAGAUAGACUUGGAAGUUGUAGAAGAUGUGCAAGACUCUGAGUACGAAGAGGAAAAACCUGCAGAGCUGGUAGUGGAAGAGUUAUAUGAACAAGAUAGUUCAGCAAAUUAAGUUGUUGGCAGGUAAACAGUGCAAAAUUAAAGACUUUUUCUGAGGACUUGAAGUUGUCGCCAUUUCCACACAGAAUUACGUGAAACAUGACUACUUCACAUUUACUGUAAUUUUCCUCAGUCUUACUUUGUAUUUGGUGAACUAUUUUAAAUUUUUCUGGUGAUCUGUUGAAUGUUUAAUUGCUCUGUUUACAUGUUAAUGUAAUGAGGGUUGAUGUUUUAUUAGGUUACACAUUUAACAAUUGUUGCAUUUUUUCAUUCAGUGGCUUGCCAGCUCAAUAACCUCAGGAGUGUCACUUGAAUUAAACUGGUUUUAAUGUUUUUUUUUAACCACCUCUCUGUCCCAGCCUCUCUCUUCUUGUGUUCUGUUGUCUCACGAAAUGGGACACACACUGUGUAUAUUUGCAGCUCUUAGGUAGGGGCUCAGGAAUGUGUCACUGAUCUUGGGCAAUGGGGACAUGUGUGUCCCAUUGGCUCUGAUUGGAGCUCAUCAAAUCCCUGAAAGAUGAGAUGUGUACCUUGUGUCCUUCUCAACCAAACCACAAUUUAUAUUGAAACUUAGUUGCAGUAGUGCUAUUCUAAGGCAAAUAAUGUCCAAAUAACUUUUUGAGGAUGUAGAAUACUUCUUAAAUGAAUCUAUGUUGAACAUAGACCGGAUUAUAAUUUGUGGAGAAAUGGACUAAAGAAUACUACACCCUUCAUAAAAUUAAAUAAAAAUAGCCUAAUUGGGACUGUUCAAUAAUCAAAGCAAAACAUUACAGUGAUCCGGACCUCAUAAAUCUAGUUGUCAAUAUAAGUGCUACAUAAUAGGGUGCAAUAUAACAAGUACACUGUUCUGUUCUGUUUCAGUACAUAAUUUGCCUUCAUUCCUAGAUGGUGCUGAGGUUUUCUGGAAUUGCUCAAAUUCUGAGAUAAGAACUGCAUAUUAUAUUUAAGAAGUGAAAGUGUGGCAAAUUCAACUAAUAAUACAAUGAUUGAAAUGUAGGAAGUCCCAUGGGCUGUGUUUGAAUGAAAGUUUCCACAAAAUGAUUUACUUUUGAGUUUGUAAUUCUCAAUCUCAUUUUCUGCCACUUGAUAUGUCAAGUAGAAGUACUGAGUAGUAUGGCAAGUAUGCAAAAUUAGCACAGACCGCAUAACAAAUAAUUCCAUGAUCUCUCUCUCUCUCUCUAUAUAUAUAUGCCUUAUAAACUCAAAAAAAAUAAAAAUAAUUAAUUAAUCCUCUCACUUUCAACUGCUUUUAUUUUCAGCAAAUGUAGCAUGUGUAAAUAUUUGUAUGAAACAUAAAAAGAUUCAACAACGAAGACAUGCGUCUAACAGAAAUGUAAUACUGUGUCCCUGAACAAAGGGAGGGGGUUAAAAUCAAAAGUAACAGUCAGUAUCUGGUGUAGCCACCCGCUGCAUUAAGUACUGCAGUGCAUCUCCUCCUCACGGACUGCACCAGAUUUGCCAGUUCUUGCUAUGAGAAGUUACCUCACUCUUCCAUCAAGGCACUUGCAAGUUCCCAGACAUUUCUGAGUGGAAUGGCCCUAGCCCUAGCCCUAGCCCUCACCCUCCGAUCCAAUGGAUCUGAUCCCAGACAUGCUCAAUGGGAUUGAGAUCCGGGCUCCUCGCUGGCCAUGGGAGAACACUGACAUUACUGUCUUGCAGGAAAUCAUGCACAGAAUGAGCAGUAUGGCUGGUGGCAUUGUCAUGAUGGAGGGUCAUGUAAGGAUGAGCCUGCAGGAAGGGUACCACAUGAGGGAGGAGGAUGUCUUCCCUGUAACGCACAGCGUUGAGAUUGCAGGCAAUGAUAAGCUCAAUCCGAUGAUAAUGUUAGACCGCCACAGACCAUGACGGACCCUCCACCUCGAUCCCACUCUAGAGUACAGGCAUUCCAUCGACAAUAAACGCCAGUCUGACCAUCACCCCUGGUGAGACAAAACCAUGACUCGUCAGUGGAGAGCACUUUUUGCCAGUCCUGUCUGGUCCAGCGAAGGUGGGUUUGUGCCCAUAGGCAAAGUUGUUGCUGGUGAUGUCUGGUAAGGAGCUGCCUUAGGCCUACGAGCCCUCAGUCCAGCCUCUUUCAACCUAUUGCGGACAGUCUGAACACUGAUGGGGGAAUUGUGCCUCCCUGUUGUAACUCGGGCAGUUGUUGUUGCCAUCCUGUACCUGUUGUGCAGGUGUGAUAUUUGGAUGUACAGAUUUUGUUCAGGUGUCAUUAAAUGUGGUCUGCCAUUGCAUGGACGAUCAGUUGUCCUUCC